GGAUGAGAGAUGGUGUCACCGUCUUUUGUCAAACCAUCCGCUCCAUCCCUUCGUCUGCUCCGCUUCCUUCGUUCGCAAUCCGAUAUUUGCUGCUUCAAACAGAACGUUGACCACCCCCGCCCGCGCGUCUCUCAUGGGAAUUAUGGAUUCUAUCGGAAUUUUCGACUUACUAGUGAUCAGCUUGGAUGCGGCGGGCUGAUAUCAUCCGCGGUCCGAUGCCCGUCGACCCUUCAAGCGUCUCUUCUGUCAUUCAUUCGUCCGAAGCCGAGGAAAUAUUCGUCUUUGCUGAAAGUCUCUUCUGCACGCCCCCCUCACCUCCGUGGCAGUGCCAUAAGGCAUCCAGCGAGUCAGCAAAUAUCCUGGUUCAGCGGCACCUCCAAAAGAAACCGGAACUUCCUUCGGCGACUUUUGGGUCUUCAAGUUCCCCGUCCGCCGGCCCAUUUGAAACCGGAUGAUCUUCCUUCUAGUGGAGCCUUCGAGGAUGGCCAGGAGUGCAAUCCAUUUACCACUGGGAGAAAGCUGGCUUUGAAGGCUUCAAAUGAGCCUCGUCUGCGAUGCACUGAGUUCGAUGAGAAUGGGAAUGUUACGCUUAUAAGCGAGGAGUUUAAGAAAAGUGAAUUAAUCGCAAAAUACGGUCUUCUUCCUCGGGAUCUUCGGAAAAUCGAUUCUUCGGUGAUACCACACAUUCUUGUUCGUCAUAGUGCUAUCCUUCUCAGUUUGCUCCAUCUCCGCGUGCUAAUCAAGGCGAAUCGCGUUCUCGUCUUUGAUGCUUACGGCUCGGCCGAUACUUAUACCCAAUCUCUUUUUAUGUACGAUCUCGAAGGGAAGUUACGUCAAAAGGAACCAGCUUCUUCAAGACAGGCAGCGGCGUUGGGGGCGUUACCAUAUGAGUUUCGAGCACUUGAGGCAGUUCUAGUCAGUGUAACCAGCGGGCUCGAGGCCGAAUUUGAGGGUGUCCGAGAGCCAGUUGUGCGGGUUCUUCGUGCCCUUGAAGAAGAUAUCGAUCGUGAUAAGUUGAGACAUCUGCUCAUCUACUCGAAACGGCUAGGCACAUUUGAGCAAAAAGCUAGAUUGGUUCGUGAUGCGAUCGAAGAUCUGUUGGAAGCAGACGACGAUCUCACUGCAAUGUAUCUCUCCGAGCGAUCCGGGGGCGUACGCAGGGAUGAGCAUGACCAUCAGGAGAUUGAAAUGCUACUAGAAUCGUACCAUAAAGUGUGCGAUGAAAUAGUCCAGGCUAGUGGGAACUUGGUCACGAAUAUUCGCAAUACUGAAGAAAUUGUGAAAGCGAUUCUCGAUGCCAAUCGUAACUCUCUUAUGCUCUUAGAACUCAAAGUCAGUAUAGGGACUCUCGGUUUGGCAGUAGGCACGUUACUAUCAGCGCUCUACGGAAUGAACUUAAAGAACUUCAUCGAGGAAUCGGAUCUUGGAUUCGGAGCAGUUUCUGCCGUCUGCUUCGCGUCCUCUGCGUUUGUCUGUAUAUACGGACUUUUGAAGCUACGCAGGGUGCAGCGUGUAAGAAUGUGGGGCGAAGGUGGCAUUCAAGAUCCUUACAUGGGCGGCUUGGGCCUUCGCGGUUCCACGCCAUUACCAAGCCGUGGAAACUGGCGCUCAGAUGCCAUCGAUCCGGCCUGGACGGGUCUUCCUGUCGAAGGGCGUGCUCAGAGGAUGAGAAGGGUAAGAGGUGCUAUAGGGACGGCGGCGUCGCAACCUUCGAUGCCUCUAUCAAGCCAUGCGGCCGCAAAACCGAAACUCAGCGUCAAAACGUCGCCGGUCAAUGCAACGCAAUCAGGAAAUGUGUCGAAUAAAAACCAAACCCAGAAGCAAAGGCAGUCUGAACCCGAGAAAGACGAGUUCGAGGAACCCACGAUGGGUGGCGCUGCCUUGGGUGCGUCUCGCUAA